UCUCCUUACAGAGAGAAUCAUGCCUGAGCCAGCAAAGCCCGCCCCGAGGAAGGGAUCCAAGAAAGCCGUCACAAAGACCACCGCUAAAGGAGGCAAGAAGCGCAGAAAGACCAGGAAGGAGAGCUAUGCCAUCUACGUGUACAAAGUGCUGAAGCAGGUCCACCCCGAUACCGGUAUCUCCUCCAAGGCGAUGGGCAUCAUGAACUCUUUCGUGAAUGAUAUCUUCGAGCGUAUCGCUGUGGAGUCUUCCCGCCUGGCUCACUACAACAAGCGUUCCACCAUCACCUCCAGGGAGAUCCAGACUGCAGUACGUCUGCUUCUGCCCGGUGAACUGGCCAAGCACGCCGUGUCUGAGGGAACCAAGGCCGUCACCAAAUACACCAGUUCCAAGUAAAGCUUUUAACGCUUUUAAACCCAAAGGCUCUUUUAAGAGCCACCCACAUUGUCUUUGAAAAGCAGUUUCAAUAUGAACUAAAUUGCCAUGUAUUUUCAGGAUCUUCCGUAGAGUGGGGUAACCUAGUUUCGGAAAAUGAAAUAGCAGACUACUAUUAAACAGCAUUGCAAUAUCUGAACGAUGAAUCAAUUUGGCUGAGGGUUUCGACCUGGAACUACGCACCUUAAGCAAAACAUAACCUGUAGUUUUUAAUGUUGUAUGUCAGCAACAGCCUACUUAGUUUUGCAAUGUCACCAUACUAUUUCAGUAAAAAAAAAAGUAACAAUGUAACACAAAAAAGCAACCCCAACGCUCUCAGAUGUCUUUUUCGUUAACAACAGGCGUGUGCGGGAGUUGCAGAGUAUGUAGCAAAUGUUCCAGAAAAUUGUUUUGCAUAAGGUGCUGUCAUCCAUCAGAUUUAGUUCUCAGUAUC